CAAUACCGAAAUUAUAGCCUGGCUUAUAAUUCCUCUGGGUCCCAGGCUACCGAUAUUAGGGAGUAAAAAAAAUUGUCUGCUCAUAUAUCAGACAAAAUUUGCCAAUGAUUCCUUUAUUGAACCCUUAUGACAAAGAAAUGUGAUUGAGCCUUGAUGUUUUACAGUUGAGCGAUAAACAUUAAUAAAGUUUAAAUGAAAAGAAAACACAAAUACAACAAAAUAUGUAAAACUUUAAUUAACUUAACUUCAAUUUAAUUUAUUUUAAAUGCAAUAAACAUAAUGCACAUCUUUUCUUUAUUGUUUAUUUCAUAAAAUUAAUGUUUUUAAACCAGGACACAUUGGUUUAUUGACCAACAGAUGAAUCGGUCAGGCUCUGAUUGAAAAAAAAAGAAUCCCCAGCAUGAUUAUUUUAAAAAGAAUUCGACAUUUGUGAACCUCCCAACAGUAUAUAAACAGUGGUAAACAGCUCCUCAUUGACCAACUGCAACAUGGAACUGUCUUGUGCAUACAGUAGGAAAACAUCUAAACUAAUAAUAAUAAUACAAUUACAUAACACAUACCACAUCUUUAACCCCGGAAAGGGGGACUAUUCUGCAUUUUGAACACUUUUACGUUUGAUUCCAAAUACAUGCUGCAGAUAAUAACACAAAUCUAGAACUAAAUCAAUUACAUUUAGAGCCCCGACCUUUUGAAGGUAACGAGUAUAUUCAUAAUUUAGUGUUACCUCUUUUAUAGAAGUAAAUAUUCACAGCAUCCUCUGCUCUCAUCUGCCCAACUAGCCACACUCCAACCAAACUACGUGCUCUGCCAUUCAUGGGAAACCCCCACAGAGCGGGGCGUUUGUACAGACACAAGGAACAACCAAUGGGCGCUCGAGAACGAAGAGCGUGACCAAUGCCUGUCAGCGACGGGCAAUGACGUCAUGCAUUUAAGUUUGGUCGGGUGGUCUCCUGUAAAUAAUACAUCUCAUAGCUGUAGCGGCACACUGUGUCGUCUUCACGUCUUUUCCCCAUGGAGAACGCAGAUUGAGCUGAAUGCUGCCAGCGCACCGUGGGGGGUGGCGGUCCACUGCCCGCCUGCUUGCCGUCGAGCAGCUCGCCGGGCUGACUUUAGCGUGAUACUCGGCUGCUCAGUGUGCGCUAGCAUUAGCUAGCCAUCUAGCUAAUCAGAGGUUAACGGGCAUCCACGGGAGGAACCCAGCUCGUUUUCGAAAGGCCUGCGUCUGACCGGGGUGACCACUUCAAACAUGACCGUCGCCGGCAGCCUGUAACCGAGGGUGACGCGUAUCAAGAUCACAGGUCAAGCUUGCCUUGAUGUUGAACCUCUUGCCUAGCAUGCAGCCAUGAGCUCUGUGCUGUGGAGCCAGGAGAAGCCCAGUGGGGGCUUCAGGGAGGACUGGCGCUUCUACAUGGUCGUGAAGGAGUGUACGGUGGAGAAACCUCCCCAGAAGACCCUGAGGAUCCCCCGUGGCAGUCUCGGUCAAGCCUGCCAGGAACGUAACAGCCUGGGCCGAACAUUGCCCACGUGCAAAGGCAAGAAAAGUCUCCGCAUUUUGGACCAGACCAACGUGGUGCUGAGUCUGGACGAGCGGGAUGUCCAGGAACUGGACGAGAAGCUGGCUGAGCUACUGUUCCCCAUUACCAACUGCGAGGAGAGAUAUGCCCUGCUCUGCAACAACUCACGGCUAGCGCGCUGCUGUGAUAUUGACUGUGGCUCCAAGGUGCGCGUCCAGUUACGCUCUGGGGACGAACCUCUGCCCGGUGUGGUCCGCUUCAAGGGCUCGCUGCUCCCUGACAGGGCCCUCUCUGGAAUCUGGUUCGGAGUCGAGCUGCUGGAGGAGGGCAGGGGCCAAGGCUUCACGGAGGGCUCCUACCAGGGCCGCCAACUUUUCCGCUGCGAGGAUGAAUGCGGCGUGUUUGUGGCCCUGGAUAAACUUGAACUUUGGGAGGAUGAUGAUGAUGACGGCACGGGCGAGCUGGAGGUGGACCAUGUCAAUCUAGUGGAGGACCAGGACUUCCCUCCGCUGGAGGUGAACUCCAGGGUCCUGGUGCAGACCAGGGACGGGCCAGAGAGAGGCACCAUCAUUUUUUGUGACCUGCUGCCAGGAAAUGAGAGCCUGGGCUACUAUGUGGGAGUUGACAUGGACAAUCCUAUCGGGGACUGGGAUGGUGUGAUCGAUGGGAAGCUGCUAUGUAAUUUUGCCAGUUUGGAACACACUCGACUUGUCCCCAUCUGUGACGUAAUGCCAGAAUAUUCCAUGCAGGACCAAAGGCUGCAAAAGCACAGUUUUGCCCCCAGAGGCACCAACAGUGACAAGUUGUCCUCUGGCCAAAGCAAACCAAAGAGCAAAGGAUUAGGUCAUCACUGUGGCAGUAGAAGCAAGUCUGAAUUUUACUAUACUUUAAAUGGCAGCUCUGUUGAUCCCCCAGCCCAGUCCAAAUCCAAAAGCACAUGGUACAUUGAUGAAGUUGGGGAGGACCCCGCCAAGUCACUCACUGACACGCCCCCCGACUUCAACCAGUCCUCCCCACCAUCCAGAGCCCCACCCCCUGCCUCGUUGUCCAGUGACAACAAGUUCCACUCUCUGCCCUUUAGCCUGAACCGUAAGACCGGCCCCAUUGACAGCAUGAGCCAUGGGCCUCUUUCCCUCUCCGUCCAGUCGGUGAUGGGAGAGCAGCCCGAGCCCCCGUCGCCUGCUGCACCUCCCUCGCCGCGACCUCCGACACCUCCUCGUGGGCAGCCGGGCCUGGAGGUGGGCUCUCUGGUGGAGGUGAAGGAGAACCCCCCUCUGUGCGGUGUCAUUCGCUGGGUGGGUCUGCCUCCUGGCCUGCCGGAGCCUCUAGCUGGGCUGGAGCUGGAAGAAGAGUGUCCAGGUUGCACUGAUGGCACCUUCAAAGGCACGCGGUAUUUCACCUGCCCACCCAAAAAAGCCUUGUUUGUGAAGCUCAAGUGCUGCCGGCCCGACUCCCGCUUCCCGUCCCUGCACCACUCCUCCAAUCCCAUAGAGAGGUGCAACUCUAUUGCAUUUGGGGGUUACCUGAGUGAGGUAGUACAUGAGAACACGCCUCCCCGCACAGAGAACGAUGGUCUGGACGUCAUGGUGGGGAAAAAGAAAGGCAUCCAGGGCCACUACAACUCUUGCUACCUGGAUUCAACUCUUUUCUGUCUUUUUUCCUUCAGUUCUGUUCUGGACACAGUUCUGCUGAGACCACGAUCAAAGACCGAUGUUGAGUAUUACAGAGAGACCCAAGAGCUGUUACGCACAGAGAUCGUCAACCCUCUGCGAAUACAUGGGUACGUGUGUGCUACGAAAGUGAUGAAGCUACGGAGGAUACUGGAGAAAGUCGAAGCUGCCUCUGGGUUUACCUCUGAAGAGAAAGAUCCUGAGGAGUUCCUCAACAUCCUGUUCCAUCACAUACUGAGGGUGGAUCCGCUGCUCAGGCUAAGGUCGGCCGGACAGAAGGUCCAGGACUGUUACUUUUACCAGAUAUUCAUGGACAAGAAGGACAAGGUGGGAGUUCCCACUAUCCAGCAGCUCCUGGAGUGGUCCUUCAUCAACAGUGACCUGAAGUUUGCAGAGGCUCCCUCCUGCCUUAUCAUCCAGAUGCCCCGUUUUGGCAAGGACUUUAAAAUGUUCAACAAGAUUUUCCCCUCGCUAGAGUUAGACAUCACAGACCUUCUUGAAGACACUCCAAGGGAAUGUCGAAUCUGCGGCGGCCUGGCUCUCUACGAGUGCCGGGACUGUUAUGAGGACGGGGACAUUACCGCUGGCAAGAUUAAACAGUUCUGCGAAAAGUGCAAUACACAGGUUCACCUCCACCCAAGGAGGAAAACCCAUCGGCACGGCAAACUGUCCGUCCCCAAGGAGCUACAGGACGGCACGGUGCGGCAGGGCAGUUUCCCCCGUCAGAGGAUGGAGCUGUUCGCCGUGCUGUGCAUCGAAACCAGUCACUACGUGGCCUUCGUCAAAUACGGCAGCGCAGAUUCCGCCUGGCUCUUCUUUGAUAGCAUGGCAGACCGUGAUGGAGGGCAGAAUGGCUUCAACAUCCCCCAGGUUUCCCCCUGUCCUGAGGUGGAGACCUACCUGAAAAUGACCCCAGAGGAGCUGCACGCUCUGGAUCCCAAGAGCAUCCAGGGCCAGGCGCGACGCCUACUGUGCGAUGCCUACAUGUGCAUGUACCAGAGCCCGACCAUGAGCCUGUACAAGUAGAAUCCUCUCCCCAAACCCCUGUCCCUCCAUUCCUGGCCCCCAGCCACACAGACUCCCCUCCCCCCAGGGCAGGAGACUCCAAGAAAGACCAAAAAUAAAAAAAGAAACUAAAAGAAAGAAAGAAAGACUGCCUGCCGGCAGGGGUGCUGUCUGGGGUUGACCCGCACCGCCCCUUCUCUCCUCUACGCCUGCCCGUCUCCGGAAGUUGGGCGAGAUGGAAGAAAGUGGGAGAAGCCUAUUUGCACUGUGCAUUUGUUCAAAUGUUGUGUUCUUCAUCUAGUCCUAUGUAGCUUCCCUAUGACUCACAGCUGAGCAUUGGUGGUGGAGGAUGAAGCAGGCCUUAUGAAGAUUCCCUCCCUUUGCUGGGAGGAAGGAGAAGAAGAUGGUUGAUGGGAGGGGGGGGGGCAUGUCCGCGACGUCGCGGCUGACAAAGCACGCGACAAAAACAAGACAAGCUUGUGGGAGAACCUUGGCCACCUCAUUUACCUUAAGAAAACAGGAGUCCUGCUAUUCUUAAUCACUGUAAACGACGAGCGACGCCAUGUUCAGGAAGCAAUCCAGUGCACAAUUCCUCAUCCAACUUUGUGUGUACUGCCCUAAAAAAUGCGUGUAAACUCUCUUAGUAGCAUAGAUCACUCCAGGUAGUCAAAUCAACAGCGUAGAACCUACUGUGCAGUUGCAUUAAGAACGCUCUGCUCUUUGUGAACCGGUUUGCAUUUUUCAACGCUCUGUGUUAAAAUGUCCUUACAGUACAUGUUCUGCAGAAACAGAUGUAGCCAUUGUAAAAGUCUCACGUUUGACUGCAUACGCACUCAACCAACGCUGCACUUUUGUUCUAUCCCCAAGUGGACUUAUAGGAAAGGUUUAGGUUUUUUGCUCUUUUUUUUCUCUCUCCUAUCGGAAGUCAUGGCGAACGCUAAUUUGUUGGUCGGGAGACAUCCGAGUUUUGUGUUACAGAAUACAAAUGUGCCCCUUUCUCUGUAGCUGUAAAGAAUGGGCUGCAUUGCUGAUGCAGAGUAGAUGCCAGCUAAAUGCAUGAAGGGAGACUUGUACAAUGGCUCCUGUUGUAAAGCCGUUCGGUGGAGCACUCCGUGCGUUCAUAGGGUCAAUGAGGUGAAAUACUGGAAGCAAAGAGUGUGUGUGUGUGAUGUGAAGGAUUUCACAUGCAGUGUUUUAAGUCUCUGAUGCGUUGUUUUGAUGACUAAAUCUAAAUUAUAGUUUUAUGUUUAUGAAGCCUUUUCCCUGCCCGUCGCGGCGGGUCUAAUUUCCUAUGGGCGAAGUGGAGCGCGCAUUGACUCUCGCUGCCUUUCAUGAAAAUGCGACGUGCCAUGAUGUCCAGCCAAGCACCCGAUAACUAAAGAACUGUGUUCAGAUAUUAUUUAUUAUAUUCUAAUCCUAUUACGAACUCAUGUCGUCCCUCUUUAAGAAAAUGACGCAGGGUUGAAGACACUGUAAGGUCUGGGUACUCCUCGUCCUCUUUCACUGUAUAUUGAAGUGAGAUUUUGUAGUUUACGCUGUCGCAUAGCAACUACUGAAUGUUUAUAGUGAAACGUUGAACAGUGUGGCGUUGAACAGAGGACGGGAAAUGAAGUGGCACAAGGCUGGUAACCUUGCGGCACCAUGUAUAUGUAUUUAAAGAAUUAAAAAUAUUAAAAGCUUGAUUCCAUUGUAUUCGAGUUUUACAGAAUACUUCAAGUUCAAUUAUACCACGGAUGGAGAAAGUGAAGUAGUUUUUUUUUGUUUUCCCCCCCAUAUAUCCUACUAAACUGGAUAAAAUCCACAAACCCCAGAUGUUGGCAUCAUGUAUUUUUCCAAAAUCGCAACUUAAUCAUGGAUUCAGUUGUGAGCAUGAAAUAGGUGUGUAAGGGUUUUAUCAAUUAGGUUCCAGAUGACGACUUCUGUUUCGUUCCGUUUGUUUCCACUGUCCCAGGGAUUCAGACGGAAGACCCUUCGUUUUGAUGCACUGCUGAAGCUCGUCACUGACUGGAGCCUUGAACAGACCAUGGGAUUUUGAUUUUGAUUUUUUUUCUGUUGCAUCUGUACAGUAUAGACAUACAGUAUGUAACGGGUGGAAAAAUUAAUGUCAGUGAUGUUCCUGUAAAUGUUAACAAAAAAUAAAGCCCAUUUUGAAGGGUAA